GUGGGGAAUCAGCUGAUUUGUUCAGGAAGACGAAUGAGACUAAGACACAGGAGCUCCUUCUUACACUGUCUAGACUGCGCAGAGCCAUCUCUCUCAGUGGAGAACGCCUGGUCAUAUUCUAGAAGACGGAGAAGAAGGAAUAGAACAGUGGCUGUCAGCAGGGGUCCUCAACGAUAUGCUGCUCUCACUCCACCAGACUAGGGUCACUUUUUUGCCCUUGUUGUUGCUUUUCUGGAGGUCGUCUGAUGGGAUGCCAGACCCGGCCCAGAGGGAGCUGCUUAUCCAUCAGGAGGAGUCCAGACUGACCGGGGGCCAGGUGACACUAAGAGAAGAAGCUGAGAAGAAGCUGGAUGCUCACCUCCACCACCUGAAGGAGAAAGAGAUUUCUGCACCUCAGUUUCUACCCUCUAUGCACUUUUUUAAGGCAAAACCAUUCAUUCAGAAGAGCCCAGUUUUCAAACUGCUGCAGAAGAUGCCGAAAGGUGCAGCGCUGCACAUUCACAGUUCUGCUCUGGUCAGCGUGGAGUGGCUGGUGAAAAACGUCACCUACAGGCCUCACUGUCACAUCUGCUUCACGUGGGACAACAACGUCCGCUUCCUGUUCUCUGACAGUCAGCCUUUCCCACGGUGGGACUGUUUCUACUGGCAGCUGUUGGAGACGCUGAGGUCCAGACUGGAAGAUCCUACAGAGUUUGACAACAGCUUAAUGAAGCACCUGUCAGUCUUUACUGAGGAUCCAGAUCAUGAGUAUCCAAACCAGGACGCUGUGUGGGAAAAGUUUGAGAAGUCCUUCAUUGCUGCUGCAGGUCUGAUCACUCACGCUCCAGUGCUGAGGGACUAUUACUACAGAGGCCUGGAGGAGCUGCACCAGGAUAACAUCAUGUACCUGGAGCUGAGGAGUGGUGUCUCCAAGACCUAUGAAAUGGACGGUACCAUUCACGACAGAGUCUGGACUCUGAAGACCUUUCAAGAAGUUACUAAGAAGUUUACCGCAGAUCAUCCAGACUUCCUAGGGGCUCGCAUGAUCAUUUCUGCACACAGGGCUCUGGGAGUAAAUGAGGUGAAAGACGUUGUUAAGGAGGCAGUGGAGCUGCACAAGACUUUCCCUGAUGUAGUCGCAGGCUUCGACAUGGUUGGCAGGGAGGACAGUGGCAGAACUCUGUGGUUCUACAGAGAUGCCCUGUCUCUACCUGAGGAGCUGGGCUCAACACUGCCAUUUUAUUUUCAUGCAGGCGAAACAGACAAUGAGGGCACAGACGUGGAUCAGAACAUUCUAGAUGCUCUCCUGUUCAACACCAAACGAAUCGGACACGGUUUCGCUUUGGCUCAUCAUCCACUGGCCAAAGAGUUGUCCAGAAGGAAAGACGUUCCUGUGGAGCUGUGUCCUAUCUCUAACCAGGUGCUGAAGCUGGUAUCAGACUUGAGGAACCAUCCUGCAGCUGUUCUCAUGUCCGAAGGUCACCCUCUGGUCAUCAGCUCUGAUGACCCGUCUCUGUUCGGUACCACAGGACUAUCCUACGACUUUUACCAGGCUUUUGUCGGCAUUGGUGGAUUAAAGGCCAACCUGGGAACUCUGAAAGAACUGGCUCUCAACUCCAUCAAGUACAGCUCGCUGCCUGCUCAGCUGAAGGAAAAAGGGCGCCUCCUGUGGCAGAGUAAAUGGGAAACUUUUGUUGCUGAACAGUCCUGACCAUUUAUAGCAGUGUUUCCUGUCAGACUUGAACAUUGUCAUCAGCACUUUAUCGAACAUUACGCUGACUUAUUUAACACAGUAUAAUUUACAUAUAAACUGCCUCAUUGUUGAGGCUGUAAAUAUAUUACCUUCUUUUUACUCCCUACGCUAAGACGGUAGCUAACAGCUCACGCAAAAGGUGUAAAUUAGUUUGGAAGUUUAAACCAACAACAACAACAAAAAACAAGAGUGAAAAUACUGGUAUGUUUUUUUUUAAUUUACACACAUAUACAUAGUAUUAAAUGUUUCUGACUUUUAAAUAAGAUUCACAAAGAAACAUUUUAACUUUUCAUCUGGUCAACAACCAAUAAAAUGUACAAAGUCAAUACAAUGUUGGGUUUUAAAGACAUGAAUCUGUUAUUUAUCUCAUUAUCAUUUUAAUCUUAAAAUGUCAGUAAAUGGGGGGGGGAUCUGUGCUAAACAAUUUCAGAGAAAAAAAAA